UGGGGCUUAGGGCUAGCCGUGGGCUAUGGUGUGGAAGAGGACGGGGGCGCCUCUAUCUAGUCUCUCUGCACUAGGCCGCCCAUCGUCCACCGCAGCGCCCGCGCUCAAGGUACGCUCCACGCCAUUCGCUUUCGCUAGCUCCAAUUUGCGCCUUCUUUCCAAGCCAGGAUCUCGCAGUUGCCAUGGCGUCGCGGCUCCGACCGGCGAUCCGUCGCUAGGGCUCUUGGAAUCUAGCGUUGGGGAAGAAUCGUCUAUCUUGGAAGAGGGUUUGGCGGCGAAUCCCGCAGCAAUGUGGCAGCAGCAGCAGCAACAGCAAUCCGAGUGGAGGAAUGCGAAUCAUCCAUUCUGGCAGCAGUACCAGCGGCAGCAGCAGUACCAGCAGCAGCAGCAGCAGUGGAGGAAUCAAAACCAGAGCUGGCACGAUUUUCCUCGCGAGUUUCCACAGGCGCCGCUAAACAGCCCCCGAUACAUUGGCGAUGGAACGCGCAGGACUUCUCAAGGGCCUGGAACUGGAGCAAGGGCGGCCUUUCAACCCAACAGGUCGUGGAACCAAAGAGACAAUAGGAAUUGGCAAGGUGGGAGGUUUGUGAGGCAGGAUGAUACUCGACGCUGGCUCCAUUCUAAAGCUCAACCAAGCUCCUUUCGAGAAAGGUUCAUGUUUCUCUCGUACAACAUUCUAGCCGCCGACAAUGCUCGGGAGCAUUAUCGUGAGCUCUACUAUCACAUCCCAAUGCGCUAUGUGAAAUGGGACUGGAGAAAAGUGCGCUUGGUGCAAGAAAUCGAGUACUGGUCACCGGACAUUCUUUGUUUACAGGAGGUCGAUCGCUUUGCAGAUUUGCAAGGCGAGCUAGUGAAGAGAGGAUAUGCCGGGACGUUCAAGCGUCGAACUGGCACUGCCACGGACGGGUGUGCGAUCUUUUGGAGAGAGAAAAGGUUCGCAAUUUCGCAUUUCGCAUUUCUUCGUCGUCAAGAGUUACGAGCUGCAAUCAGGUUCCUACUACUGGAAGAGGAAAGCAUCGAUUUCAAGGACUAUGGUUUACGGGACAACAUAGGACAGAUAUGUGUUUUGCGGAGUACAAGAGAAGCAGCCCUCGAGGGAGAUGUAUCUAGCAUAGAAAAUCAGGUUUUGGUUGUGGCAAAUACUCAUAUUCUUUUCAAUCCAAAACGUGGGGACAUUAAACUUGGCCAGGUGCGAACGCUUCUUAAUACAGCUCAGGAGUUGUCUUCGAGCUGGGGUGGCGCGCAAGUUAUUGUGGCCGGGGACUUCAAUAGUACACCAUCGAGCCCACUCUAUCGCUACAUCUCCACAGCAGAGCUUGAUGUUUCUUCCCUAGAUAGGCGAUCAAUCUCCGGACAGAUAGCUGAUGGAGAAGGUGGCUAUUAUCGGAAUCCUUUCUCGAAACCAUGGAUCAGAGGCCACAAUCCUUCCUCAGCUGGAUUUUCCAGGAUCAAUGUGGAAACCACGUCAGUACAUAACGAAGAUGGCAUGAUCAUAGAAGAAGUUGCCACUUUGGGGAUUGCUACAGCAACCGCUGCUGCACAGGAAGAAGAAGACGAGGCGAACGCUGAAAAACUACCGGCGAGUAGCUCCAGUGAGCUCAUGGUUAUCAAGACAGUGACGGACAAUUUAGUUGUCCAGAAGAGUUUUGAAGCUGCGGAGGAAGAAGUUCUCCAAACAUCCAGCAAGGAGGUCCACUUUGAAGAGCCUUGGGACACUGAAGAGGGAACUCCAACACAAGAAAAAGGGCUGGGGGACGAUGAAACCAACUCGCCCGACCGUGUGGAGCUACCAUCGGGAUGGACAGUCGAGGAGCUAGUGAAUGCCACGGGCACUUCAUCGUCUACCAAGGUGGUCCACGACUUAAAGCUGAGCAGUGCCUAUUCGGAGAUCGAGGGAAAGGCUGGAAGCAGGGACUCGCAAGGGGAGCCUCUAGUGACGACUUACCAUAAGAAGUUCAAGGGGACUGUGGAUUACAUCUGGCACACCGAACGACUCCGGCCUUUGAGAGUCGUAGACAUGCUUUCUGUGGAUGUUCUUCGUCAUACGGGAGGCCUUCCUUCCCAGAAAUGGGGGAGUGACCACAUAGCGUUAGUUUGUGAGAUGGAAUUUUCCUGACCAAAGCAUAAAUGCCAAGCAAAGAAAAAAAUCGUUAUGAAGAGAAGUUAUUUUUCUCCAGAAAGGUACACAGCAAUUAGAGAGAAGUUCUCAGUUAUUUCAAUCUCUAGAGUUAUCAAAACUGCACUGGUAAUUCAAUCCAUCGUCGCUCACUUGAGACUUUCGAUGAUCUUCUCGCU